UCGGUGUAUCUCGUUGGCCUCUUGUCUUAUUAUCAUAUCAGAGGCCCCUCACCCCUCAUGUAUGUCAAUAUUUUAAUUAAUUUAAUUGGACAAGCAACUCCCCUCGUUCCUUGUGUGUAAUGAAGUAAAUCAAUUGUAAGAAAUUGUUCCUCAUAACUUGAGUUUUUGUGUGUCGUGUAUGCUGUUGAGUCUUCACUUUUCCCGAGAUGAAUUUAACUGAAGCAAGAACUAUUCUGAGGAGAUGGCGGGAAGAAAAUGUCCGCAAAAGUCAGAGUGUCGUAGACAUCUAUGAGACAGUCGUGGGUUCAAAAAUUCACAAAUUAGGAGAUGAAAAGUAUUUAGUUUUAGAGCAAGUCACUGUCGCAGCAUUUGAUUGUCAUCGUAUGGAGCUAGCCCGUCAAUGUCUAGGACAGCUUUCCAACGCCUUUCCUGGAAGCAUAAGAGUUAGACUUCUCCAUGUCCUUGGAUUACAAGCUGCUGAAAAUUAUGAUGUUGCCAAGGAUGUCUUGGACUCAAUUAUUCAAGCUGAUCCAACGAAUCCUUUACCAAAGAAACAUGAAAUAGCGAUGUUUAUUGCACUUGGAAAAAACCAGCUGGCCAUUAGAAUGCUAACGGAAUACUUAAAGAGAUUUAUGGCUGACCAAGAAGCUUGGCAAGAACUGUCCUCACUUUAUUUGAUCGAACAAGACUAUGCAAAAGCUGCAUUUUGUGCUGAGGAGCUUAUUUUACACGAUCCCCAUAGUCAUUUAUUACACCAAUAUCUAGCGGAGAUAAGAUAUACUCAGGGUGGAUUUGAAAAUUUAGAAUUAGCACGCACACAUUACUGCGCUGCCAUUAAACUAAAUCCCAACAAUAUGAGGGCAUUGUAUGGUCUUUUACUGACGGUUACCAAUAUAAUCGGUUCACCCAAGUGCACUGCUACGAAAAGGAAAGAGGCAACUAAAUUACAAACCUGGGUGUCAAAGCUAAUCCAGAAUCGGUAUAAAAACGUUAGUGGCAACAAGGAUGUCAAAGCUGUAGAGGGUCUAUUCAGUUCUCUUCAAAUUAGCAGUGUCAGUUCAUCGUCUUCAUUGUCAGGGUCAAAAUCUAGUUCACCCCGUGCACUAAAAGACAAAAACUCAGACUCCUUAUGAAAAUAGGCCCCUCCUGGCAAUUUUGAUCGAUUUCAAAGGCCACUCAUCAAAUUUGGUCUCCAUUACAACUUUCACUGGUCCCCAAUUUCAGUGAUAAUGCUGACAUAUUUCAUGGAAUUUCGUGCUGUUCAAGUAUAUUCCAAGGCUUUGUCACUCUUAUCAAAAGUUCAAUAUCAAACCACACCGAUAUACUCUAUAAACAUGCACCAAAUUCUAAGCUGUGUUGGAAAUGGCUCGAAAUUCAAGCUUUUUCUCAAAUGGAAUUUUUGCUGUUUUCUUUUUUUUUUGUGUGUGUGUGUAAAUAACUUUAUGAUCCUCAUAUUUUAUCUACACUGGCUUUUUUUAAUUGUUAUCAAGAACUCCUGCUUGAUAUUUCUACUUCUUUGGCUUUUUAAAAAUUUUCUGAUCACUCUUUUUUUUGUCAUUGCCAUAGACUGAUUCAGACUUACAUCAGAGAUAUCAUCUGUGCAAUAUGUACAGUUCUCUUUCUCUAUAACGACAUUUGUUAAAACCAAAAUUUCUUCAUAGUAAAAGAACCGCCCAGUACAUGACCUGCCCUUGUUACUUAUCACCGUUUGUCACAAGGAAAAUUUCUCCAUUACGAAAAAUCGUUCGGUCCUAUGCUGAUUUGUUAUGGAGAGAGAGUAUUUUAUCAGUUCAUUUCUGUUUUUAAGAUUGAAAGAGGUUAGGCUUAUGUAAUAGGUUAGAUCCAAUUUAAUUUGAUAUAUGCCUCUUUCAAUGAAGAAUACCACUGGCAUUGUAAUGUCUGAGCUGUUUUGUAAUAAUUUACAUUACUUUUCAAGUACUCGUGUUCCCUUAAACCUGUCGUGCCUGGGUUAUUUUUUACAAAUGCUUGUUGUCCUUGGUCUUGUUUGUUAAAUUUAUUCAAGCAAGAACUGAACUUUUCAAUCUGCUAGGA